CCGGCGAGGAGGCGCGGUUCCACGGAGUGUCCGGGCGCCAUGUCCGCCGGGGCAGUGGCGGUGCUGCUGUCCUGUCUGAGCUGCUGCGGCUCGGCUGUGUGGAGAUACCACGCUAGCAGCCCAAACUACCGCAUUUUUAGUACCAGAAGUACUAUUACGUUAGAAUACGAAGGAACAUUAUUUUCUGAGUGGAGUGUGCCAGGAACUUGUUCUCUGAAAAAUAAACGUUCGCCUAAGACAGAGCUGCGCUGUUCUUCUCCGGGCAUUCAGACUAUAAGACCAAUUGUCACAGGGCCAGAUUUAGAAGAAGAACGCUAUUUAUUUGUGGGCAGUUCUAAUACUUGCUUCAUGUGGUAUCAUAGAGUUAUUUCUUUCCAUCAGAAUUUGACCCAGAUUAUCAAGAUAUGGGUAUACGAUCCAGAAAAUGCUGACCCAAAUGAGUUGCUAUGGAAUGCAGUUGUGCCAUCACUAAAUUCCUUUGUACUUACAAAGCUUUUUGCCACUUUGGGACAGAAGCCAGCCAUACAUACAUUUCUGAAGAGAAGAAUAUAUUAUGCAGAUGAAAAACUGGAGGAUGGGGCCUGGCAUAUCUCACUACCAAUGUCAGGAAAGGAUAUAAUAAAAGAGAUCAGAGGAAAUCAGGUGACUUUUCAAGAUUGCUUUGUUGCAGACAUCCUUUUCCUGCUGGGCUUUCCUUGGUUCACAAUACCUGAGGUUCCUGGCUUUUUACCAAUCACUUCACCGCUUGGUAGUCAGUUAAUGAUAGUCUGGGAUACCUGUGCUCCAUCAUCUAUUGUUCUGGUAGCCGAUAUGGAGACCUUUCAAACCAACGAUUCAUUUCGUACUUGGACCAGCAUCAGAGUGCCUCCAAACAUCCUGACUGACGAAGAAAGAAGCAAUGUGUCUGAUGUGAACCUAUCCCGUGAUGGGAUAUUUUUUUUAAUAAAUGGUAUCCUCUAUCUAAAAAGUUCAACCAGAUUUGCAAAACUGGGAAGAAAGGAAAAUCUUCCUGAAGGUGAAAUUAUUGGCAUAAAAUCAAGAAGAUGGUGUUGGCACAGCUAUUUAUCAAAGGCUAAUAAAAGAAGCAACAUGGCAAUCUGGACAAAAAAUGAACUUUAUCUUGGAUAUCCUUAUCUUAAAUUUGUCAAAAUAAUAGAUACUAAAAGACUGGGGGAAAUCCUACAUAUACUCCCGACUGCUACUCUUUCUAUACAUAAUAUUGAGUAUACGGCACACCCUUUGGAACUUGGCUUGUUGUUAAAUGUCUGUGUUACAUGUAAUGUCAUGAAAAAAAUUCACCUAGUGAUAUAUAAUGAAGAUUCAGAACAGUGGGCGCACAAAGACUUUUCAUUAAACGUCACGAUUGACAGUGUUGUAACUCCAUAUUUUCUGUAUUCAUCAAUACCAGAAUUAAUAGUAUGGGACAAACACAGGAUCUACUAUUUUUAUGACAAUUUCACGACAACUGGUGUUUUACAGACACCUACAGAAUUUGGGAAUCUGUCAAAAUUAUCACAUGACAGUAUUAUUCAUAGCAUUUUUAUAGAUUACUAUGGAAAUAUCUUGGUAAAAAUGGAAAAUAAUAUCUUGUUUUAUUCCAAGAUUAAUAUUAGAGAUGCAGUGAAGCUACAUUUAUGGACAGACACUUUAACAAAAUCAGCAUUUUUCUGGAAUUCAUUUAAUGAAAUAAAUUUUGUAAAUGUUUUGGGAAAUGGCACACUAUAUGUACAGGAAUAUCCCAUAGGUAUGGAAGUACGAAGUAUAACUUUCAAAACAAAAGAAAAAUGUCCCUUUGUGACAUUUCAUAAUAAUAUUCGUAUUUUUUACCUCUUGGACAAAGGAGAGAGCCUGUCAGUUUGGGCUCAAAUAGUCUACCCAGAAAAUAAUGGUUUGUAUAUUAUUAUGGAACCUUAUGGCCCAAAACUAUUAGAAAUGAAAUACAAAGUUCAGUAUGAAAUUGCUUCAGGAUUCUGCACUAAAACCCUGUUCAUAACAUUUUUUCAGAAUGUAAAUUAUCAGGCGGUAGAUGAUUACUUCAAGCUGCAAUACCAGAACACGGGUCUUAUGCUUAUGCAGCUCAGGCCUAGUGAAUAUACAAAAACAUGUCCAGUACCCCCAAAGGUGUUCCAAAUAUCUGUUGGCUGUGAUCCCACUAAAUUUAUUGUGGUUAAAGGAUUUGGUUACGAAGGUUGUCGUCAGCAUGAUUUCUUUUACAGUAUUGGAAAGUCAUUUCUGAGGAAUCGACCUUCUGGAGACUUGAGAGUGAAAUAUAGUUGGAGAAAAUAUGGCUGCCCAUUGAGACUUAAUUUCAAUGAAAAAUUUCACCCUUUGCUUCAACUAUACAAUGAGAAUGGCUUUAUCAAAGAUGUUGACGCAAAUUUCAUCGUGUGGGAAAUCCACGGCAGGGAUGACUACACCUAUAACCUCACUAUGCAGAAGAGUGGUUGUUUAAAUGAGGCCCAGACAUGGAAUUCAAUGAUCACGCGUAACAAGAACCUCUCAUUAGAAGAAGUUUGGGGACCUGAGAACUAUAAGCACUGUUUUUCUUAUGGCAUUGGAAAACCAGGAGACUUGAGUCAACCGUACGAGAUUAUCAACAAGUCUAACCAUAACCAUUUAGUUUGGCCUCUUCAGCAUGCUGGAAUGUAUGUGUUUCGAGUGAAGAUCCUGGAUCCAAACUAUAGUUUCUGUAACCUAACAGCUCUCUUUGCAAUACAGAUCUCUGGAGUGAUUCCCAGUCCAAAUGGCUACCUGGUUUUUUCUAUCCUCUUUCUCCUGAUGCUACUGUUCUGCAGUAUUCUAACUUUUAGCUACUUCCAUUACAUGAUGAUUUACAAACCUGACAACAGAAAACAAAAGGAUAAUUAGGAAAAAAAUGAAAGUUUGUUUACUAUGGAUAUACAUAUAUAUGUAGUAAUAUACUCAAAGUACAAAUAUGUAUUGUAUUUAUAUUGAGAACAUGUGUUUGACCAAGAAGUACUAAGAAUAAAAGUUUAUAGUAAGUAUCGUCAAAUUCAAGAUCUGAAAAAUGUUCCUAAAUUAUCCAAAACACAAAC